GCAGGGACAAUGGAGAGCGGCGGGGUACGCAACAGCCAAGCCAAAAGCAGCUCGCCUGCGGAGAAUAGCCAAGAAAAAAGCUUCCGCGGCGAUAGGGCUGUCGCAGGGCCAGAGCGGCAGAAUUCAGCGGCGGUGCCUAUGCUGUCGGCCAUGGAGCUCGCGGAGGAGCCGGAGAAAGCAACACCCAGAGGCAAAGAAAAAGAUCCGAACGCCUACAAAGUUCUCUCCCUGGUAUUAUGCGUCAUUGUGCUAACAACAAUUUUAGGAUGCAUAUUUGGACUGAAGCCUAGCUGUACAAGAGAUGUCAAAACCUGCAAAGGCCGCUGCUUUGAGAGAACGUUUGGAAGCUGCCGCUGUGACAGUGAGUGUGUUAAACUUGGAAACUGCUGUUUAGAUUUCCAGGAAGCCUGUAUAGAACCUGCUCAUAUAUGGACUUGUACUAAGUUCCGGUGUGGUGAGAAGAACCGGACAGAAUAUCACUGCUCGUGUUCAGAUGACUGUGUGAAAAAUAAUAAUUGCUGUGUCAAUUAUUACUCCGUUUGUGAAGGAAAGACAAGCUGGCUUCAAGAUGAAUGUGAGGACAUUAAGGAACCCCAGUGUCCAGAUGGAUUUACAAAGCCUCCAGUGUUGUUGUUUUCUUUGGAUGGAUUCAGGGCUGAGUAUUUGCACACAUGGGGUGGACUUCUUCCUGUUAUUAGCAAAUUACAAAAAUGUGGAACACAUACUGAUGGCAUGAGACCAGUAUAUCCAUCAAAAACAUUUCCCAAUCAUUACAGCAUUGCCACGGGCCUGUAUCCUGAAUCACACGGUCUAGUAGAUAACAAAAUGUAUGAACCAAAGAGACAUGCUUUCUUCACGCUCAGAAAUGAAGAAAAGUUCAACCUACAGUGGUACCUAGGGCAGCCGAUUUGGCUGACAGCUAUGUAUCAAGGACAAAAAUCAGCUUCAUUCUUCUGGCCUGGUUCAGAUGUUGAUGUUAAUGGAAGUUUUCCAAACAUUUACAGAAUAUACAAUAGGUCAAUACCAUAUGAAGAAAGAGUAGUAACUUUGCUUAGUUGGCUACAGUUACCUGAAGAGAAAAGACCACAAUUUUACACUCUGUAUUUAGAAGAACCAGAUCACUCCGGCCACAGAUAUGGACCAGUUAGCAGUGAAGUCAUUCUUGCAUUACAAAGAGUGGAUAAAGUGGUUGGGAUGUUGAUGGAUGGUCUUAAACAAAUGAACUUGCACAAUUGCAUUAACAUUCUUCUUCUCUCUGAUCACGGGAUGGAAGCAGCUAGCUGCAGAAAAGCAGCAUACCUGAACACGUACUUGGAUGAUGUUGAAAAUUUGACUGUAGUACCUGGUCCUGCAGCUCGCUUAAGACCAAAAAAUGUUCCAGAUGAGUAUUUCUCUUUUGAUUAUGAAGGCAUUGUCAGAAACCUUACAUGCUUAGUCCCAGAUCAGCAUUUCAAAGCAUACAUGAAGCACCUUCUUCCCAAGCGAUUUCACUAUGCCAAGAGUGACCGGAUUGAACCAGUGAGUUUCUAUAUGGACCAACAGUGGCAACUUGCUCGAAUCCCGUCUGAGCUCAAGUAUUGCACAGGUGGAUUCCAUGGGUCAGACAAUAUAUUUCCAAAUAUGCAGGCUUUCUUUAUAGGCUUUGGACCUGGAUUCAAGUUUCAAACCAAAGUCAAUACUUUUGAAAAUAUUGAAAUCUACAAUUUAAUGUGUGAUCUACUUGACUUGAUACCGGCCCCUAACAAUGGUACUCAUGGAAGCCUCAACCAUCUUUUAAAGAAACCAACUUACAUUCCAAAGCAUCCCAAAGAAGAAAGUUAUCCUUCUUCAUGCCCUUUCACAGGCCGGAGAACUUCUUCAGGUGAUCUUGGCUGUUCAUGUGAUUUGUUGGGCUUGCCACACAUUCAGUCACUGAGAAAUUUCACUGCAUUACAGGUAAAGAAGAUAGAAAAAUACAAUUUGCCUUUUGGGAGACCCAGAGUGCUACAAAAGGAGCAUAACUAUUGCCUUCUUUACAAUAAACACUACGUAAAUGGAUACAGCAAAGAUAUCAAGAUGCCUAUAUGGAGUGCAUAUACUGUUAACAAGCAUGACAAGUGGAAUGUCUCCAUAGAAGCCUUCUCUAGCUGUCUCUACACUGACAACCGUAUUCCUUUAAGCCUCAGCCAGAGUUGUUCGUAUUACAAAAGCCAUCCACAGCUAAACUAUGGAUUUCUUUUCCCACCAAAUUUAAUGAAGGAUGACAGAAAUGGUAGCUAUGAAGGAUUUUUCACAAGCAAUGUUGCUCCAAUGUAUCAUGCAUUUCAAGUGAUCUGGAACUAUUUCAAUACAGUCCUACUACCAGCAUAUGCUACAGCAAAAAAUGGUGUGAACGUAAUCACUGGUCCUGUAUUUGAUUAUGACUACAAUGGGUUGUAUGAUACACCCAAGGAAGUGAAAAGACUAACUAAUAAUUCAGAUGUCCUGAUUCCAACUCACUAUUUCAUUAUGUUGACAAGCUGUAAAAAUGUUUCCCAGACUCCUUUGCAAUGUGAAGGGUCUCUUGAUGUAGAAUCUUAUAUUGUACCUCACAGAGAAGACAACAGUGAAAGCUGCGCGAAUGGCAAGACUGAAUCCUUGUGGGUUGAAGAGAGAAUGAGAUUUCACACAGCCCGUGCCAGAGACGUAGAACUUCUGACUGGGCUAAGUUUUUUCCAUGAUAGAAAACAGCCUGUGUCAGAUAUUUUGCAAUUAAAAACCUAUUUGCCAAGUUUCAACAAGGCUUAAUUUUAAUGCUUGCAACGCUAUUGGACUUACGUACAGAAAGAGGGAGACUAUUACAGGAAACAAACGCUUUUAAACAUGCUGGAAGAUUGAGAACGCUUGAGCAAAAGAAGAGCAGGGAAAAAAAUCUGUGCCAUGUUUCUAUCUCAGGGACAUUUUAUUGACCAGGUAUAAUAGAGGAGAGUAGCUUCUCCCAGCCUUAUUAUCCACAUCAAUGUGGUAAAAGUUUUGUACUUUGUUAUUAAAGCUAGUUUGCCAGCAUUUCAUAAACUGAUGUAAGGCUGGUUCCAGGGUUUGGGGGGGGGCCCUGGACAGAGAGUGCUUAGGGGGCCCACUAUGCCCACUACUAUGCCCUUCUUGCCUUCCCAUCCACAUGCCCCCACUUGCCUGUGUGUGUUUCCUAUGCCCACUCACAAGCUCUCUCAUCAUUUGCAGUCAGAGAUGCUUACACUCCCUGCAUACCCUUCCCCUCAUGUUGCUGGGUGAUGGGUGCAGCUAGGAGCACCCCAUCUAUGGUCACCAGGAAUGCUAGUGCUUUGUGCACCACCCACAUGCCCUUCUCCAACUGUGCUAGGCAGCAUGUGUAGCUGGGAGCAGAGAUAACAAAGCACUCAUAAGCAGGCAGUGGAAGGGCAUGAAUGCAGGCAUCAGUGGAGAUGUGUGAGUAGGGCAUCGGCAGCAGUGGGCCCCUCCAGAACCCAUGGGCUCCAGCAGCUGCUCAAUCUUGUCAUGUGCUGAUGCUGGCCCUGAACUGACACAUAUAUGAGGGAAAACGGUUUAGCUAAAAGUGUGGGCAUGUAUAUUUUACAAAAAAAGAGAAGUAAUAUAAAUACUGUAUAAAAAAACAUUUCAUAUUUUAAAGGUUUUUUCACUCUGUAACAGUACUCUAAGAGUCAAACUGUAUGACAUUGGGAAAACCAUGACCAGAUAUUCUACCUUUUAAACUUCUGUUAACAGCAGCCGGGAUUGAUAACACAACAUGGAAGAAUCCUUCACUCUGCACCAUUUUCCUCUGGUCUUAAUCUAAUUUAGGUUCCUCCAUGGCUGCUAUUAAAAGGGAUGGGAUAUUUGAUCAUUGAUCUUCAAUGUCUUAUCUAGUUUGGCCCUAAUUUACUGCAUAUUAUAUUUGGAUCAUUGCACCAUUUACUGUAUGAUGUUCUGAUGUGUUGCUACCUUGUAAGGAUCACUGAGGAGACAGAAACAGCCCUUUUCAGCUUUGUAUCUUAAGUACUGUACUAUACCCCUCAACUAAUUUGUACAAAUGUUACUGGUCAUUGAAGAGGAUAAGAUAAAAUAUAAUUUUACAUCUAUGACGGAUAUGACUGGCUCCAGCUCCACCGCUCCUGAGAAACCAACCAAUGAGAGCAGGCAGAAUGCUAAGCCAGGGACAGUUAGAGUCCGUUGGAGAGAGUGACAGGCUGAGAGAAGGGCUUGGGAUGCCACUGAAAGGAGGUAGCAGAGAUAUUUGCUGGUUGAUUAUAAACCUGUUCAGUUACAUUGAAACAUUCCCUGUUUAACCUAUUUGUUUAUGAGUUUAAAAACUAUUCACUUCUAUGUUCCAUUUUGUAAAUAAAGUUUAAUUUUGGUUUGUUUUA